UAAGUCAUUUUCCCUUCACACAGUCCUUUCAUUUCCCCUUCCCUCUCUCCACACCGAAAAUUCUCGUGAUCCAGUGGCUCCUUCUCACCGGCGAGGCGGACGGUCAUCUUCUCACCGGAGAUGAUACUACCUGUAGUAAAGCUAGGGACUCUCGCUUUAAAAACCGCUUGCAAACCCAUUGCUAAUCGUCUCAAGAAAGAGGCUAGUUUACAUCCCAGAAUCCGCCAAUUCAUCAUCAAUAUUGCCCAGGAGCAAGAUACAUUAGUUGCAAUGUUCCGUUGGAUGGUAAUCAAUUACUCCUCUUUGGAUGAGGAGAAAGCUGUCAAGGCUGCUGCUGAUCUUCUGGGGGAGCUCUUCGUGUUCACGGUUGCAGGAGCUGCUGUUAUUUUUGAGGUACAAAGGAGCUCCAGAUCUGAAGCAAGAAAAGAGGAGCAGCGCAAACAAGAAUUGGAGGCAAUGAAACAAAAAGAUGAAGAUCUAGCACGAGAAGUUGAGCUGCUUAAACAAAAAAUUGAAGAGCUGGAACCAAGCGACCAAAGGAAUUCUAUUAGAUAGUUCAAAUGUUUUUUCACCAUUGAUUUAGAUAUAUAGUAAUUCAUGUUAAAAUAGUUAAAAUAGAUAAAUAAAUUGUGUAAUUUUAGUGA